UUGUGGCAUUUAAAAAUUUACUGGACAAAUUAAUCAAAUACUAUUUAAAUACAAAACAUACCUAUCUUGGAAUUUGAACACACCAAAAUGGUAGGUUUUUACUAUUAUCAGGUGAUAAGUUGUCAUUAUCAGUGAGCUUGGAAACCAACGAUCCAGAAGUGCAGGACACAGAAUAUAAUUAUUACAAGGUUUGACCCUUAUUAGACAGAAAACACAAAUCCUUGCUGGACAGCUUUAUAUGUUUAAUUGUGUUAAGAUUUGAGAUGGUAUUCAAAGGUCUUCAUUGACUGAAAAGAAGAUAAAUCCACUAUUUUCAAAAAUGUUGAAUACAACUUUAACUAGUCCUUUAGACACUGUUACCCCUCUGUACCAGUUCAUCUCAGAGGCGAAUGAUACACAUCAUGUUAUGGGAAACUUUACAACGCCAUCUAUGGUCAGCAAUGAAACAGUCUGGGUACCAGAUAUAGCGCUAGCUCUCAAAGUUGGCAAAAUAUGCUAUAAAUAUAUUGGACCAACCAUCUGUGCAAUAGGUAUCUUGUGCAACAUUAUGAACUUGUUAGUUUUGACACAGCGUCAACUCAAAGAGUCCCCAUAUACAUAUUUAACUGGACUAGCUCUGACCGAUUUGGGAGCACUGACAUUUUCAUUCAUUUUCAUGGUGGGUUCUUACCAGAGAAAAGAAUACUUCUGGAAGUUUUAUGAUGCCUAUAUUUAUCUUCCAUUGGUAAAUGUUUGUACCAAUUCCAGCGUCUGGAUAACUGUUGUUCUAACUAUUGAACGUUUUCUCUUUGUACGGUAUCCACUGUGGGCGAAAGCCAUGUGUGAUCGAGCCAGUGCAAAAAUGAAAAAUGCAUUAAUUAUUAGCAUUAUGUUUGUCAUAAACAUUCCACACUUUCUUUUAUUGAGAGUAGAACCAAUUGCAAACACAACAGAUCAGUACACAAGAGUUUCUACGGAUUUCAGACACAGUGAACACUACUAUAGAAUCCGCUGGUUCUAUAGCAUCAUCAUUCACUUUGUUCCACUCAUAAUUCUCAGCACGGCCAAUGCAUAUCUUGUCUAUGCCGUAAUGAGGGCACGGAAAGAAAGAGAAAUCCUACAGAUCCGUAACAACAAAGAGGCCACAUGGUACAGAGAACAAGUCAGACUAACCGUAACUCUCAUCAGUAUAGUCUGUCUCUUUAUUGUCUGCAUAAUACCAUCAGCAUUCUCCAACAAAAGAAUUGCAUAUGCAUUGUUUGGUGGGAACCAACCAUUAAAUCAAUUUGCCUUGUCAAACUUUUACUUAAUUCUGCAAUAUGUAGCCAAUGUUCUUGUCUGGUGCAAUUUGUCUUUGAACUUUGUAUUUUACUGUGCCAUCAACAAGAAGUUUCGCUACGUUAUGCGUUGGAUGGUACAACGAUGGAUCAAGAAUCUCCGAAGAAGAAACGGCAACGUCUUGCUUCUGGUCAACUUUAAAUCUGGACAUUCCAUUACCCGCAACAGCAGCAGUCAGACAAACAGCAUUACAAUGACGUCUAAGACAAACCCACCAGAUUUACUGUUAAAGAUGGACAGAAGCAACCAUAACGGAAACCAUAAAACAGCACUUAUAGAAGAUUGCGAAAAGGAAACUGAAAAUGAAACCUAAGCAAAAAAAAAACAUUGAGGCAAUUAUCAUUUCAUUUGCUUAUUGUGAAAGAUUUCAGGGAGUGAGACUCUAAAAGUUGCUAUAUUUUCUAUUUACCUCUAAAAUUUGUGAUACUGUUGUCUGUUGCAUUUAAAUUUUGCUUUUGUUUCAAGAAUCUGGACUAACCUAUAUUGUUGAAUCGUUACAUAAAAUGGGAUUAUUAAGUUUAAAAGAAAAAUUAUGAAUAAGGAACAUUUUGUAAUACAUUGUACUACAAUAUUCACUAAUACUGUGGAUUCAUUUAUUUUCGUGGGUACCAAUUUUCAUGAAUUUAAGAAAAAUCAUAUUUUUGUGGUAACUUGAUUUUCAUGGAUUUGCCAAAGUUUCCAUACAAGCCUUAUGGGGAAUUCAUAUUUCUUUGAACAUUUAAAUUCUGGUUUGCCUCUAACAAUGAAAUCAACGAAAAUUGGUAUCCAAUGAAUAUAUACACAGUAUAUCAGUAACACUGAAAUAUAAUGAAGCCAAGAUGUAAUAUAUAUAUGUGUAUUUGCCUGCUAGCAUGUAAGGGAAAAAGAAAACUAUAUGCUUGGUAUCUCCUUCUGAGACUUUAAAGUGGUAAUACUGCCAACAAUUUCCACUUGGUCUCAAUAUUAUUUCCUUAUUUUAGGAUUCCCAUAGUUUUAGCUAUUUUCAAAUAAUUAGAUACUUGUUAAAAGCGCAUCCUAAAUUUUCGAGCCAAAAUUUCAGCCAACAUUUCAUUAGGACUAUAUCUAAAAAUAUCUGUGGCAGAAUGUAUACAAAGUCAUUCUAGGCAAAUGUUUAUUUUGCAGAAAGUGAUAGUUGUUUUCAUGAAAGUACACUAAAUUUGUUAUUAUGGGAACAUUGUAGAAGAAUUUAAUUUCUUUUCACUCAAGUAUUAAUUCUUUGUAAGGAAAAAAACAGAAAAACGUUUGUU